AUGGAAUUAAAAGGAAGGUUUUUCGUGGCUCUCUUCAUUUCGUUGUUUCUUCAUUUCGUUGGUGCAACGAAACCACUGAAGAACUUGCAGAUCUCUUGCCGCGGUCAACUCUAUACUGUAAAUGGCGUUUCGACGGUUGAAGAGUUGCUUCAGCGUCUUCAACGAGAUACCCGCAGCAACAUGAAAGCAUGCGAUUUUCGUGUCAUCCACAAAGGGAGAGUUCUGAAUGUUGGGGAGAGAUUGCGAGACGUUGGUGUUCUUGAUGGCUCACGUUUAAUGGUCCUCGCAGACUCUAACAAAAUGAAAGCAAAGGAAUUCUUGGCUCUCUUUCUAGCAAUGGUUAGUGAAGAAGGUUGGGAUCGCUUUCGACGAGAAUUCAAGGAACACCCAGAAGCCAUUGAUGGUAUCCGAUCAAGUUUGAAACGUGCCGAGCUUCUGACUGGUCACGAUGUCUAUACUUACUUGAAAAAUGGUCUAGAUCUAAGCUACCAUGGUCUUCGAGCUUGGUGGGAGCGUCCAAGUUUCCGAAGCAGCCUGACGGACCACGAGAAAAUUGAGGCAUACAGAAAAAUAGUCGCGUUCCAUUUGAAUUCGAGGAUUAUUGAGGAUAUACCGUGGGUGAAAAUGGCAAUACAGAAUCGGGCUCGGUGGCAAAAUGAAGUUUCUAAAGUUGUCACUAUUGUGCUCCGCACUGGCGACAUCUUUCUUGAUGGAAUACUAGCAAUACUUCUAGAUGUCCUGAAAGGCAACGGAGAAGGUGCUGCCAUGAUAGCGACACGGGAUAAUUAUUCCCCAGAUGCAUCAAAAUCCAAGGAAUCUUCGACAAGGGAAGAUCCCAACUUCGAAGCUCUGGUCUCUGAACUAUCUGAUUCCGACUCAGAUGUUUAG